UACUGUUAAACCAGUCACGACCUUAACCCCAUUCAAAGAACCCUUGGGUUUCAACUCUGGUAGCUUCCAUUCAGCCACCGUCUUCUCCUCUUCACUGGAACUCGUGACACAGUUUUCCAUCAAAUUCAAAAUCUGAUGUUUAUGAGUUUCCUCUUUCAUCCUUUGCGCAAUUCUCGUGUAAGUUGAAAACCACUUCAAAUCUUCUCCACGACGGCACGUGCAUUUCAUUCUUCUUCAAACUCUGCUUCGCUGCCUCCAUUACAAUUUCCACGAUUCUCUCUAAACGUUCGCACGUGCCAACGAAUAUGUAAGGAAGGUUAUGGAGAAUCAUUUUGUAUACUUUUGUUGAUCUUGCGAUCUCGAAUUCUGACUUGAAGUCGAUGUCAAUUAUCAAUUGUUUUGUAUUUAACGUUAAGCUUCAUUUCAAUUUUAGGGUCCUAAUUUUGAUUUUAGGGUUUUGAGAUUUUGAUUGAGAUUUUGUUAAAAUUAAAAUUUAAAACUAAAUUAUGGUUACAGUGCACCUAUAUUUGCUACAAUCAGUUCAUUUAAAAAAACUGAUUUUAAAAUAAAGUUUGAUUUUUAAUUUUUUUGAAUUGGUUUAGUUUAAAAGCAGUUUGGUUUGGUUCAGUUCUAUAAAUCAGUUCAGUUUUUGGUUUUUUCCCACCCCUACUAAUAACCCUGGUUUCUAGUUUACUUAUCUUGUUUUGAUUUUGAAAGAAUAAAAACCUACCAAUCACUCUCUAACCUCUCUCAUCUUUGCUCUUCGCCGUCACCGCAACCACCGUUCCCUCAAAUCAAAAUACCAUGUCGGACGAAGAGCACCAUUUCGAAUCCAAGGCCGACGCCGGAGCCUCCAAAACCUACCCUCAACAAGCCGGUACCAUCCGUAAAAACGGUUACAUCGUCAUCAAAAACCGUCCUUGCAAGGUGAGUCUGCUUACUGAAAAUGGGAACACUAAGGAUGACCUCAAGCUUCCUACCGAUGACAGUCUACUCACUCAGGGGAAGAAAAAGGAAGGAAAUGCUGCUAAAUUUGUCACUAGGAAUCAUGCUCUCAAGCAGCUUCAAAUCAGUCUACCCCUUUUCAGGAAGCUGUGCAUUUUGAAAGGUGUAACUCCCCGGGAGCCUAAGAAAAAGUUAGGACGUCAGACUUGCUACCAUGUGAAGGAUAUAAGCUUUCUACAUCACGAGCCUUUGCUGGAAAUACAUAGAGCAAUAAGAGUACAUGAAAGAAAAAUUAAGAAAGCAGAGGCAAAGAAAAACAUUGAACGUGCAAAGAGGUUACGUGAUAAAACACCCAAACCCAAGUUAGAUAGGAUUAUUCGACAAAGGUACCCAAGAUUUGGGGAUGCACUUGGAGAAUUGGAUGGCUGCCUUACAAUGGUACAUCUUUUUGCAGCAUUACCUGCGACUGAGAGCAAAAAAAUUGAUGUGGAGCGUGUCCAUAAAUGUCGAAGAUUGGCGCAUGAAUGGCAAGCAUACAUAUCUCGUACUCACAGGUUAAGAAAAACAUUUGUAUCUGUUAAAGGCAUAUACUACCAGGCUGAAGUCGAGGGUCAGACAAUAACAUGGUUAACUCCUCAUUCACUGCAGCAGGUUGUGUCUGAUGAUGUUGACAUCCCCACCAUGCUUAACUUUCUGCAAUUAUAUGAGGUCAUUCAUGUACUAAUUGGUAUGGUAAACUUCUACUUUCUAAUGAAUUGCUGCAGCCUCUUCUUGCUCGAUCCUCGCUUGGAGGCGUUGGCAGCAGAUCUAUAUGCAUUGUCAAGAUAUGCCAAUGCCGACAACAGACCCGCAAUACUGAGUUCUGAAGCUUCUCAAUUAGUUGAAUCUGAACAAGGGGGGAACAAGAAAACUGAGGCAGAGACUGAAAAUGAAAAAUCUGAACUUAGACUUGCUCAACUUCAGAAUCAACUUCCGUCUAAUGAACCCGGUGCACUAAUGCACCUUGUUGAGAAAGCUGCAGGUGAUGAUGAAGAGGAAUAUGAUCAAGAGACACGAGAAUGCAAAAAUCUCUUUCGAAAUGUCAAAAUUUUCUUGAGCAGGGAGGUACCAAGGGAAUCAUUGCUUCUUGUUAUUCCUGCUUUUGGUGGUAAAGUUUCAUGGGAGGGAGAGGGGGCUCCUUUUGGGGAAUCAGACCAGAGCAUUACUCACCAGAUCGUUGAUCGGGAAUCACAAGGACAUAGGUUCCUCUCAAGAGAAUAUGUUCAACCACAGUGGGUAUUUGAUUGUGUGAAUGCACGCAUAAUUUUGCCAACAGAAAGUUAUAUGGUUGGAAGAAUUCCUCCACCGCACUUGUCCCCGUUCGUUAACUAUGACGAAGAAGGGGCAUAUGUUCCGGAGUAUGCAAAGACCAUUAAACACUUGCAAGCUGCUGCCAGAAAGGAAGUCCUUCCACUUCCAGGUGUUGAAAAAGAUCUCGAAGAUCCUCAAAAUCUUCUGGCUGACGGUAUCAUUGAUCGAGCAGAGGCUAACGAAGCGGCUAAGAGAAAGCAGAAGAUGAUGAUUCUAGAGAAGCAAUACCAUGAGGAUUUGAUGAAAGAACUUCAGGGUGCUACAUAUACUUCAGCAGGUUCUACUGCUGAAAAAGAAACAUCUACUGGAUUGAUUCAGACAGCUGAAUCAACGAACAAUGGUCAAGAAAAUGUUGAUGAUUUGACUAAACUUAUGAUGUCUCGUAAAAAGAGGAAGCUAUUAGAAGCCAUGCAGAUAUCGAAUGAGCGCAAGCAAGCUAAAAAUGAUCUUAUCAAACACCGGAAAAAGAAAAUCGACGAAGCUCAGAAUCAAAGGAGUUGAAAGGAAUCUACGUUCUCAAAGGGUUUCAGCUAUAUGCCAUUUCAUUUUGCUAUAUAGGUGCUAGCUGAUUUAUAAGGCUAGUUUUCUUUUGUUGUUUUCCAGUAUAACUUAUUUUAUUUAGUAUCUCUUCUUUCUGUUUUGUAACAUGUUUUGGAAGGGCCAAAGAACAUUUUGAUUUUUUUUAUCUACUAGUUAUACCUUGAUCUACUAGGGUGUGUAAGAAACUGAGUAAAUCCAGUGAACAAUGCUAACUAGUUUGGUUUGGAAUGCAGACGAAAGGCUUUUAUAUCUAA